AUGGCUGGAGCAACUCAUCCUGGCACCCAAACACAAAUUAAUGUUCCAAUCCUUAAUGAAGAUAACCACAAAGAAUGGAAAGAUGCUAUUCUCUUGCAAUUAAGAUUAUUAGAGUUGGAUUACGCUGUUCUCAAUGAGGAACCCCCUGAGGUUACUGAAGAAAGCACUGGCGAAGCCAAGCAGCUUUGCGCACAAGGGGAGAAAUCCAAUGGAUUUUGUGUGCUCUUCAUUAAGUCAAGAAUUUCUAGAAAAAUUUGUUUUUGCUUUGAGGACAUUAAGAAAGCGAAACCCUUGCUCAAAGCUAUCGAUGAUAACUUCAUUGAAUCAAAGAAAGUUUUGGCAAUGACUCUAAUCAUGAAGUUGAGAAAUUUGCGUCUUUCCACUGUCAAGGGAACGCGUGAACACAUUAUGCAACUCAAGGAUAUUGCGGCUCAAUUAAAGGAGUUGGAAAUCAUUCUACCAAAUGAUUAUUUGGUGUUUUUUGCACUUGAUACCCUUCCUCAAGAGUACAAUCCUUUUAAGAUUUUCUACAUCACACAUAAAGAGGACUGGUCUAUCAAUGAGUUGAUAACCAUGUGUGCAAUGGAGGAACAAAGGCUUAGCUUGUGGCUAAGCUUGGAUAGAGAAAAGGCUGUAAAGCAAAUAACAUUUGGUCUGUCCCAAUGCAAAAGGCCCCGGCAUCAAGCUGGGUAA